ACGACCAGCACCUCACGAUGAAGCUGCUCGUGGCCGCCGGCCUGCUGGCCCUCGUGGCCUCCGUGCCCCUCGACUCCAGGGUCGAGGACCAGGACGAGCUGGAGAUGCACGAGAUGUGGGCACCCACCUACCAGGAAGUCCAGGCCAAAAUGGGACUGGGGAGCAGCGCGUCCCUCUCCCGUUCCGGCCAGGUGCUGGAUUCGGUCUUCUGGAAGAGCAUGGCCCAGGACAUUAUCCAGACCAAGCUAAGCGACGAGGUGUACCACAAGCAGGCGAAGAACGCGAUCCUGUUCAUCGGUGACGGUAUGUCUAUCCAUACACUAGCCGCCGCCCGGAAGCAGAAGGGUCUGCUGCACGGCGCCGACGUGCCCGAGCACACCAUGCUCUCCUGGGAGAUGUUCCCCUACACCGGUCUCUCCAAGACCUACAACUGCGACCGCUGGACGGCUGACUCCGCCUCGACCGCCACCGCCUACCUGACCGGCGCCAAGGGCAACUUCCUCACGGUCGGUGUCGACUGCUCCGUCCUCAUCUGGAACUGCGACGCCGUCAACGAGGCGUCCUCGCCCAAGUCAAUUCUCCGCUACGGAGUGGAGGCCGGUAAGUGGGUCGGUCUGGUGUCCACCGCCCGUAUCACGCACGCCUCUCCCGCUGCCACCUUCGGUCACACCGCCUACCGUACCUGGGAGUCGGAUGCCGACUUCGCCGCCAUGGAGUGGAUGACCGGCCCCGUCCAGGACUCGUGCAAGAACGCCAUGAAGGACCUGUCCACACAGUUCGUCGAGCGUGAGGGCAUCGAUAUCAAUGUUGCCUUUGGCGGCGGCUGGGGCAAGUUCACGCCUAAGGAGGUCGAGGGCGGCGCCCGCCUGGAUGGUCGCGACCUGAUCCAGGAGUGGAAGGACAAGCAGGAGUCUCUGGGACGCAGCCACGCCUACAUCAGCACCAAGGCCGAGCUGAACAGCUUCGACGCCGCCUCUGCCGACUAUGUACUUGGUCUGUUCAGCCGCAGCCACAUGCAGUACCGCGCCUUUCAGACCGCCGACGAUGUCAACCUGACCGAGAUGGUGAAGAAGGCCCUGGAGAUCCUGAAGCGUGGACCCAACGGCUUUGUCCUCUUUGUGGAGGGCGCCAAGAUCGAUCACGGCCAUCACUACGGCAACGCCUACACGGCUAUCGACGAGACUGUGGAGCUGGAGGAGGUUGUCCAGUACGCUGUGGACCACACCGACAUUGAGGACACCCUCAUCGUUGUCUCCUCUGACCACGCUCACACCUUUACCAUCAACGGCUACCCGGAGCGCGGCCUGGACAUGUUCGGCCCUGCCUCGUUCCUGGCCGGCGGCAUGCAGAAGGGUGGCCCGCCGCCCAAGCUGCCCUACUCGAUCCUGCAGUACGCCAACGGUCCGGGCGGCGCUCGGACCAAGGAAGAGCUCGAUGCCAAGCGCUCGGGUCUCAUGCAGACCGGCCCGGACGCCGAGUGGCGCGACCCGCACUACAAGCAGGUGGCCGGUAUUUACCUGCCGAAGGAGACGCACGGUGGAGAUGAUGUCGGUAUCUUCGCUCGCGGCCCGGGCGCCCACCUGCUGCGCGGCAGUGUGGAGGAGAACUACAUCCACCACGUCAUCAACUGGGCCCUCUGCCAGGGUGACUACCUCACCGUUUGCGACGAGUAAACAUCAGCAGCGGCCUCAGCCAGAUUUGCCAGUGUUUUUUCCCCGGGCAUUGUAACCUUUCCGUCUGUGUCAUUAUUUUUUCCAAAUCGUGGUGGUAAUGAAUACAUGUCCGACAACAGAAAA